AGUUUCUUCGGCCGCAUGAUGGGUGAGCGCGCAUAUUCGUUGGCGUUGCCUUUCGGCUGUCAUGGUAACGAAAACGGUACAAGCUUUCAAACAUACGGAUAAACAGUGCCAUUCGAUAAGACAAACAUAAUAUAAUGUGUUAGAAUUCUACUGUUAAAAAUUGGCUUCUUAAAAAAACAGUAGCAAUUAAAACGUAUCACAAUAAAAUGAAAAUAGUUGCGAGAUAAAUUCACCAAACAUAAGGAAAAUUCAAUUGAACAUGAACAACGUGACCGUGAUUUUUAAUACAUCUAAAAAUGAGCUUUUUAAGCUGCCAGAUAACUACAAAACAUUACAUCGGAAACUCAAAGUUACCUAUCGGGUAGAGAGUAACAAAAGUGACAUUACUCCGGAUGUCCUCAAUGGAGCAACCAUUUUUGUACUGGCCGGUCCACAAGAGAAAUUUACUGAAACGGAGUUUCAGUAUUUAAAGGACUACAUUUCGGAAGGAGGGCGUCUGUUACUUCUGUUAGGAGAAGGAGGUGAAGUAAAUUUCAAUACAAACGUCAACUUUUUACUAGAAGAAUAUGGAAUGACAAUUAACAGUGAUUCAGUUGUACGUCCUCAAUACUACAAGUACUUUCAUCCGAAGGAAGCACUAAUAAGCGGUGGAAUAGCCAGCGACACGAUGAAUAACAAUAUGCUAGAUUAUAGUAAAAGUAUUCUGACGGCUUUCGAUUUCAUGGACGAUAAAUACAAAGUGGAAUUCGUUUAUCCAUUUGGGGCGACCAUGAAUGUUAUCCAUCCGUCGAACAUACUGCUGACUACGGGACCCGUUGUUUAUCCUUUCAAUCGCCCUUUGGCUGGAUACUAUCAGAACGAGUCAUACGGGAAAAUAAUAGCGAUUGGUUCCGGGCACAUGUUCCAAGAUAAAUACAUCGCCAACGAGACAAACAUGUCCAUUUGGGAUAGCAUUUUCACUAUGAUUCUCGAUAAUCAAUUUAGUUUCAAGUCUUCUGACUUCAACGAUCUCGAGAUCAACGAUUACGCAAUCAUUCCUGAUACAAUCUAUUUGGCGGAGCAACCAAAGAUCUGUUUGAUGGAUUCCCUCGAUUACGACAUUCCCGCCGACUUCAAGAAGCUUUUCGAUAUGGCCCUGCACUCGAUAAACAACGAUCUGCUGCGCGAUGUUAUCAAUACCUAUGAAAAGUUGGACGUGCAAUACGAACCGCUCAAGAUCAUCAAGCCACAGUUCGAGAUCCCCUUACCGCCACUGCAGCUUGCGGUUUUUCAACCGAUCUUUAGCGAUUUAUUGGCGCCACCGUUGGAAUUAUUCGAUCUCGAUGAAGCGUUCAGCUCGGAGAAGGCUCAAAUCACACAACUAACAAAUAAAUGCUUGUCACCGGCUCUGGAAUCUUAUCGUAAGACUGGGCUGGACGAAAAAGAGCUAGGGUAUUUCAUUCAAGAAUGCGGACGAAUUUUGAAGGUCUGUCAGGACGAUCAGAGAAUGACGGCAAAAGAAAUUUUGAAUUUGAUUAGCGUGAAAAUUGCUCACUAUAAGAGACUCGAUAAAGACUAACAUAACAGUUUG